UAAAAUGGGGGGGCUGGAUAUUAGAGAGCGCAAACAGGAUAUAAGAGAAAAAGAAAUGGAUGAUUGUCAAGUACGUCAUGAAUUGCCAGCGGCAGCAGAAGCAGAAGACGGACCGGACAUAAGCUCAGACAAAUCUUCAAUGAAGUGUUUCAGAGAAACACAAGAGAUGCCGACUGAAGCACUGAAACCUGUGCGACGUAACAGCAAAGAAUUAAUGCCUCCUAAAAUGUCUGAAAGUGAGGACAAACCUCCAGCUACUCCCUGAACAGACCACGAUUACACCGGAGCACGUUGAAGGAUUUUCCAUUUUUCCAGUGAAGUAUGGCCAGGAGACAAAAAGGUCAAAGAGACGAGACUGAAAAGAGUCUUCUCUUGAACAAUGAUGAUAAAACAUUGACAGAUGAAGCUGGCUGCUCUAGAGGAUCCAAUGAUCAGCUGAGGUUUAUGGUGCUUGGAGGUGAUGAUGAUCUUAUGGAUAAAGCAUGUGGCACAAUCCUGGGAGAAAGAGAGAACAGGGAUGCAUUUAAAUUUGGAAUACUCAAGCCGAAAACAGCUUACGUUUGUGGACGAGAGGUUUCAGUAUUAAAAACUCCAUCAUAUUGGCUGGAACACUUGGAAUCAUACUACAUUCUCAGCAAUGGAGUUAAAUCUCUGAAAAAUGACCUGCAGUACUUUGAAUUGCUGUCGUUUCCGGGAACUAAUGCCUUUCUGUUAGUACACAGAGAUGUGAAAAACUCUGGUAGUGAGUAUUAUCUUUUAAAAGCUCUCAGUGAUGUGUUCGGGAAGGAGGUCUUGGACUACUGCAUGGUAUUAUUUAUAGAUGAGGCUAGGCACGAUGAUCCAAUAAAGAACACCUGUUUGCAGAUGUGUGGAGGCAGAUACCACAUCUUACAGAGCACUGAAGAAAAUCUUAAUCUGUUAUUUAAAAAACAAGAGGCAAUGACACAGUGGAAAAGCAGCAAUUUUUUCACAAAUAAUUGGGAAAUUUUCAGAAUAGCUGAAAAUUAUUUUGAAGCGGAGUAUAAGAAAAAGGAGAAUAAACUGAGGAUAGAAUUGGCAGAAAAAUAA